ACAAAGUGGUAUGACGUAUGAGAUUGUGUAAGACUACAUUUCCCGUGGACACUUUUCCAACGUGGCGGACUGAGAGCUGGGUGCGAUUUCUACAGGAAAUACUUUCUCAUACGAGCCUGUUUUUGUAAAGGGCUGCCAUUUUACCGAGCUUACGAAAAGUACAACUGGGGAAAAUGAAAGAUCAAGUGGUUCAGCUCAUAUCCAGCUCACAUCAUGAGCAUUUACUUCAGGCAAUGUGGAAAUUAAGAGUCACAGGGAACCUGUGUGAUCUCACAGUGCAAGUGGAUUUUCAUGGAGAGGUUGAAGAAUUUCCAGCUCAUCAAAUUGUCCUUGCUGCAUCUAGUGGCUAUUUUAAGACCCUUCUCUUAGCAGAGGAGCGAGUGGGAAAAAUAUUCUUAGCUACCGUUUCACCUGAGGUCUUUAAAAAAUUCUUAGAGUAUGCGUAUUCUGGAAAAAUGGAAGUUGAGGAGAGACGUCUCGAUCAGAUAUUAAAGAUGGCAAUGCUACUCGACUGCCAAGACCUUGUAGAAGCUUGCAGUACCAAAAUUCUCGUUCAUAAUUCUGACAGUGGCAUAGCUAGAAAAGGCAAAUUACUGAAGGAGAGGUCGAAAAAGGCUGUAAAAAGAGCACUAGAUAACAGGAAAAAACUUAAACUUACACUGAAAACCAUAAGCACCGAGAGGGGGGAUAAAAUUGUGCUACAGGGAAGGAGGAGCAGCAGGUUAGCUGGCCGCCGUGUUGUUGUAGACUUCAACAAGCAGAAUUCGUACCAAAAAGAAACAUCUCUACCUGAGGCCUCUGAUGCUUAUUUAAAUCAGGACAAAUCAGAUGCAACACAAGGUGCUUCACAAGUGGUUGGAGAAACAGAAUCAGAUGUUUCUGCUGAUCCAGUUUUACCCCAGAAGGAGGCUCUUACUGACAGUGGCUCUGAAUCGACAUACACUUUUAUCCGUGACAUGUCGGAAGAAGAGUUUCAAGAAUCUGAAAUACCACCUGCUGCCAUCGAAGGGACAGAUGCAGCUGAAAAGGACAGCAAGCCAGUUGGCUCUAAAUAUAAUUGUGACAUGUGUUUUCGUUCAUUUCGCUAUGAGAAAAGCUACUUAAAGCAUGUUAAGGUUAGUCAUGGGCUCCAAGCUGAUACGACUUACCGCUGCAGCAUCUGUCAGCAGACCUUUGCCAACCGCUGCAACCUGAAGAUUCAUGAGCGGCACGUACACAACGACGAGCGGCUUUUUCUUUGCGGCAUGUGUGGAAAGGCCUUCAAGCGCAAGAAGGAUGUGACUAGGCACAUGAGGCAGGUGCAUGAGGGUGGAACCGAGCGACACCACUGUCCGAUUUGUGGCAAAUCUCUGAGUUCAAGAACUGCUCUCAACCUGCACGAGAGGACACACACGGGUGACAAACCCUACAGCUGUGAUGACUGUGGAGCUCGCUUCUCUCAGAGCUCAGCACUCAAGACACAUCAGCGGAUCCACACUGGUGAGAAGCCUUUUGCCUGUGACCUGUGUGAUGCCAGGUUUACCCAGAACCACAUGCUGGCUUACCAUAAGCGAUCCCACACAGGGGAGAAGCCUUAUAUGUGUGAAAACUGUGGAAAAAGCUUUGCCUCUAAAGAAUACCUAAAACACCAUGCAAGAAUCCAUUCAGGCUUGAAGCCAUAUAAGUGUGAAAACUGUGGAAGAGCAUUUGCACAGCGGAACUCGCUUCAUCAGCACAUGAAAAUUCACACAGGUGAGAGGCCUUACCACUGUAAAGACUGUGAUAAGCAGUUCACCCAGCUCAAUGCUCUUCAGAGGCAUCAGAGGAUCCACACCGGAGAGAAACCGUACAUGUGCAGCAUGUGUGGCCGAACAUUUACAGACAAAUCUACUGUCCGCCGACACACUUUGACCCAUGAUAAAGAUACACCUUGGAAGAAUUACCUUGUUGUGUUGGAGGGUAAUGUAGAGGAACGUGUUAAGAAGCCGAAAGGUUCAUCUUUAAGGAAGGACAAGACAGCAGUAAAUGCUGAUGAACAUCAGGCAGCAGAGGAUCAGACUCUGGCAGUGGCAGUGCCAGAGGAGCCAGUGACCAUCUCUGGAGACUGGGCAGACCCUGGCACCAUCACUGUGGUCAGUCAUGGAACGCUGACCAAGCUGACAGUUAUCCAGACAGAGGUGGCACCUGGAACCAUGGCUCUACCCUUUUCCAUUCCUAUCUCUGUUGCAAAUUGCAUCUCUGGCACAGCCUCACUGACCGGCACAGUCACUUUCAGUGAAGCAGCCAAUGUUUCUGAUGCCAUCUUGGCUUCAGCAACCCCAGUAGCACCUGUAGCCACAGUCACAGAAGGCAUUCUCUCUCCAGUUGAAGUCACUUUGUCUACAUCUAGUGAAUGUGUAACAGCACAGGCAGAGGUGGAGCAGGUUGUGGAGGCACAGCAGUCAGAUUUACAGGAGGGAACAACUGAGCAUGUACAGAACACAGAAACAUAAGAGGCCAUGGAGAUCCAUACAGGAGAGUAGUUUUAAAGGCAGUUUAGUGGCUCUUGCUUAUACACUGUAUCAGUUGGGUCUUUAAUGGUUUUCUUAUAUUUUAUGUAAGGGCCUAUUUUAUAGAAAAUGAUAAAUAAUAAUACUCAGAAGAAAGAUUCCAUUUCUACUAACAAGACUGAGCGGUUUCUUUUGGUUGAUCAAAACAAAGCUGAAAUAAUAGUUUGAGAUUUGUGUUGUCUGGUUUAAUGGUUUUGUUUUUAUCCAUGUUUAUUGGAGAAGACAUAACCAGCAGAUUUAAAAAAAAAUGUUUUGGGAAAAUAUUCAUGUAGCAGUCAAUCAUGUUGUAUAUCGAUUAGACAAAUAUAUUGAUCAUUUGGAAAUGAAUGAGGUUCUGUAA